UCUCUCAGCUCAUUAUUUAUAUGUAGUUAGUCUUUAAUUUUCUGGUCUGUCAUCCACUCAUCCCUGUCCAUGAUAUCAGCCAUGGAGCUACCCACAUCGAAAAUUGAAUCUUGUUUCUCUCUGCCGGUAGAUUCAGAGCACAAGGCCACCGAGUUUCGGCCAUUUUCAAUAUCUUCACCCCACAUGCGAGCUUUCCACCUUGCAUGGCUCUCCCUUUUCUCUUGCUACUUCUCCACUUUCUCCAUCCCUCCACUCAUGGAGGUCAUCCGAGCUGACCUCAACCUCUCCGACACUGACGUCGGCCGCGCCAAUAUAGCGUCCUUGGCCGGCUCCAUCUUCUCCCGCUUCGCCAUGGGCACCGCAUGCGACCUGGUGGGGCCGCGUAUCGCCUCCGCCACGCUCUCCCUCCUCACCGCGCCGGCAGUGUUCUCCAUGUGCCUAGUCUCGUCGCCGCUGGCCUUCAUCGUCAUUCGCUUUCUCAUCGGCUUCUGCCUCGCCAACUUCGUGGCCAAUCAGUUCUGGAUGAGCUCCAUGUUCUCCGGCUGCGUCGUCGGGGUCGCCAACGGUUACGCCGCCGGCUGGGCCAACGUUGGCGCCGGCUUCACACAGCUUGUCAUGCCGCUAUUGUAUUCUCUCAUCACCACUUUCAAUACACCGUCAUCUUCAGCUUGGCGCAUAGCGUUUGUCUUUCCGGUCAUGUUUCAAGUAGCGACCGCAAUAAUGAUCCUAGUUUACGGGCAGGACUUGCCCAACGGUUACUAUAAACGCCGGAAAACCGACAAACGGGACGAGAAUGUUUUCGGCAUUCUCUUCAACGGGCUGAAGAAUUACAGAGGGUGGAUACUUGGAUUGGCGUACGGGUUUUCUUUUGGAGUUGAACUAACGACCGACAACAUUAUAGCACAAUACUUCUACGAGAGGUUUGGGGUGAACAUUGAGACGGCAGGGGUGAUUGCGGCGUGUUUCGGGCUGACCAAUUGCAUAGCUCGGCCCGGUGGAGGGGUGAUUUCCGACGUGAUGGGGAAGAGGUUUGGUAUGAGAGGGCGGCUGUGGAGCCUGUGGGUGGUUCAAACGGUGGCCGGAUUGCUCUGCGUGUUGCUCGGCCGUGUCAACACAAUCUUCGAGUCCAUAUUCGUUAUGUGUUGUUUCUCUGUGUUUGUUCAAGCCGCUUCUGGCCUCAUUUUUGGCGUCGUCCCUUUCGUCUCCAAAAGGUCACUAGGAAUAAUAUCAGGCAUUACAGGAUGUGGAGCGACAAUAGGAGCAGAAGUGACACAGCUACUGCUUUUCUCAGGCACAACUAAUCUCCCAACCCAAGCAGGCAUUUCUAUUAUGGGGAUAAUGAUGCUUGUCUGCACCCUGCCAGUUACUCUUAUCUACUUCCCCAGAUGGGGCGGAAUGUUCUGUGGCCCAUCUCUACACCCAGAAGAUGAACACUAUAGCCUGCUAGAGUGAAGAGUAUAUGGCCACGUUCAACUAGCCUCUUAAUUCUUAGCAGACCAAAGUAAAUUUUUUCUUAUUUCACCAUUUAUCGUGUAUGCCUUUAAGUGUGUACUAUGUACUAUGUAGUUUUUAAUGAAUUCUAGUUUUAUUUAUUUAUUUAUAUGUGAUUAUAAAAACAUAAGUUGAUGGAGA